UUCUUGGUUUUAUUCUUCGCUGUGCCACGGAUUUACUGUGUGACUUUAAGCAAAUGACUUCAUCUCUGUCUCCAUUCCACAUCAGUAACAUAAUACCCUCCCACUCUUUUCCUGUCUUGUCUAUUUAGAUUCAAAACCUUCAAAGCAGUUGCCUAGCACAGUGGGAUGCCCAUGUGAUACAAAUAAUAACACUACUGUGGUAUUUACUUAGAGAAGACUAUCCUGAAACUUGAGGUUACUACAGGAUAUUUCCCCAAGUGUGACUUUGAAUAUGACACACCAGUGAUGCAGAGGCAGUGUCCUCCCAGGGUCUACCUUGGAAGCUAGAUCUGCAGGUCUCCAAAGAUGAUUGUAUCAAGAUUAAAGGGCAUUUCUCUGUCACUAGCAAGCCUUUUCCUUCUCACUUUUCAUCUCUCGGCAUCACAGAAUGCACCCGAAUACCCUGAAACCGAACAGCAGCAAUGUGUCAGAAGAGAACACCCCACCAUUACUUUUGAAGAUCUGAAGCCCUGGGUGUCGAAUUUCACCUAUCCAGGUGUGCAAGACUUUUCUCAGCUCGCGCUGGAUGCCAACAGGAAUCAGCUCGUUGUGGGAGCAAGGAACUACCUCUUCAGACUUAGUCUACACAAUGUUUCUCUUAUUCAGGCAACAGAAUGGGGCUCAGAUGAAGACACCAGGAGGUCCUGUCAGAGUAAAGGAAAAACUGAGGAGGAAUGCCAGAACUAUGUCCGAGUGUUGAUUGUUUAUGGCAAGAAGGUUUUUACCUGCGGUACCAAUGCCUUUUCCCCAGUGUGUUCCAGUAGACAGGUAGGAAAUCUUAGUAAAACCAUUGACAAAAUAAACGGCGUGGCUAGAUGCCCGUAUGACCCUCGGCACAACUCGACCGCUGUGAUUACAUCACGGGGAGAACUGUAUGCUGCGACUGUAAUUGAUUUCUCUGGACGGGAUCCUGCUAUUUAUCGCAGCCUUGGAAAUGUUCCCCCGCUUCGGACUGCACAAUACAACUCCAAAUGGCUUAAUGAACCCAACUUUAUUGCUGCCUAUGACAUUGGUUUGUUCACCUACUUCUUUUUCCGUGAGAAUGCGGUAGAACACGAUUGUGGGAAAACUGUCUACUCUCGCGUGGCCAGGGUUUGCAAAAAUGACAUUGGGGGGAGAUUUUUGCUGGAGGACACGUGGACAACUUUUAUGAAGGCCAGGCUGAACUGUUCCCGCUCUGGAGAAAUUCCCUUCUACUACAACGAACUCCAAAGCACCUUCUAUCUUCCUGAGCAAGACCUAAUCUAUGGAGUCUUCACUACCAAUGUAAACAGUAUAGCUGCUUCAGCAGUAUGUGCCUUCAACCUCAGUGCUAUUACUCAGGCAUUUAAUGGCCCUUUCCGAUACCAGGAGAAUCCAAGAUCAGCGUGGCUGCCAACAAUAAACCCGAUCCCUAAUUUUCAGUGUGGGACGCUGAAUGACAACAGCCCUAAUGAGAACCUGACCGAAAGGAUCCUGCAAGAUGCCCAGCGCUUGUUCCUGAUGAAUGACGUUGUUCAGCCAGUCUCCGUGGAUCCGUAUGUCACUCAGGACAGCAUUCGAUUUUCCAAACUGGUGGUCGACAUUGUUCAAGGAAAGGAUACUCUCUACCAUGUGAUGUAUAUUGGGACAGAGUAUGGCACCAUUUUGAAGGCACUUUCUACCACUAAUAGGAGCCUGAGGAGUUGUUAUUUAGAGGAAAUGCAGAUUCUUCCCGACGGUCAACAGGAACCAAUCAAAAGCCUCCAAAUCCUGCAUAGUGACAGGUCACUUUUUGUGGGUUUAAAUAAUGGAGUGCUAAAAAUUCCUCUGGAGAGGUGUUCAGUGUACAGAACAGAAGGGGAAUGUCUAGGAGCCAGGGACCCAUACUGUGGCUGGGAUAACAAGCAGAAACGAUGCACCACCAUUGAGGACAGCUCCAACAUGAGUCUGUGGACUCAGAACAUUACUGAGUGCCCUGUGAAAAAUCUGACGACAAAUGGCAGAUUGGGGCCCUGGUCCCCGUGGCAACCAUGUGAGCAUUCGGACGGGGAGAGCACAGGCUCUUGUAUGUGCAGGUCACGGUCCUGCAACAGCCCUCGCCCUCGUUGCGGGGGUCGCAGCUGUGAAGGGGCCAGGAUCGAGAUUGCAAACUGCUCAAGAAAUGGAGCUUGGACACCAUGGUCUGCCUGGGCCCAGUGCAGCACCUCCUGUGGGAUUGGCUUUCAGGUCCGUCAGAGAUCCUGCAGCAACCCUGCUCCAGGGUAUGGGGGCAGAGUCUGUGUCGGACAGAGCAGAGAAGAGAGAUUCUGCAACGAGAACACCCCAUGCCCGUUACCCAUAUUUUGGUCUUCCUGGGGCCCCUGGAAUAAAUGUAGUGCGAAUUGUGGAGGAGGGAUACAUUCCAGGCAGAGGUCCUGUGAGAAUGGCAACACCUGCCCGGGCUGUGCUGUGGAAUACAAGACCUGCAAUCCGGACAGCUGCCCAGAGGUGCGCAGAAACACACCCUGGACUCCCUGGAUGCCCGUCAACCUCACCCAGAACGGAGCUCGCCAAGAGCAGCGCUUCCGCUACACCUGCCGUGCCCAGCUGGCUGAUCCGCAUGAGCUGCAGUUUGGGAGGAAGAAGACAGAGAGUCGGUUCUGCCCCAAUGAUGGCUCGGCGGUUUGUGAUACUGACACUCUCGUUGACGACCUUCUAAAGACCGGCAAGACCUCUGCACGGAUUAUCAAUGGCGGCUGGUCCUUCUGGGGUGCCUGGUCAUCCUGUUCCAGGGACUGCGAAUUGGGCUUCCGGAUCCGGAAGAGAACGUGCACGAACCCGGAACCUAAGAACGGCGGCCUGCCUUGCGUGGGGUCAGCAAUGGAAUACCAAGAUUGUAACUCACAUCCCUGCCCAGUAAAAGGUUCAUGGUCGUGCUGGACCCCUUGGUCUCAGUGUUCAGCAACCUGUGGGGGAGGGCACUACCAGCGCACCCGCACCUGUACCAACCCAGCGCCCUCCAGCGGAGAGGGGAUCUGCAUUGGCCUGCACACCGAGGAGGCACUCUGCAACACCCACUCCUGCAAAGGUGGCUGGUCAGACUGGUCAGAGUGGAGCCUGUGCAAUGAAGACGGGAUCCAGUAUCGCAGCCGUUACUGUGAGAUGCACAAUCCAGAGCCAUCCCAGUGCGUCGGAAACAGCACCCAGUACCAAGACUGCUUGUACAAUGAAAUUCCCGUGAUCCUGCCAGCCUCAAGCAUUGAUGAGAGCACGAACUGUGGAGGAUUUAGUCUCAUCCAUUUGAUUGCCACUGGGGUCUCCUGCUUCUUUGGUUCCAGUCUCUUAACGUUCGUGAUCUAUGUGUACUGUCAGCGUUGCCAGCGGCAGUCCCAGGAAUCAACUGUUAUCCACCCCACCACUCCCAACCACCUCCACUACAAAGGCAACACAACUCCCAAGAAUGAAAAGUACACACCCAUGGAAUUCAAGCUGACAGAAGUGACACACUUAAUAUCGGGGGGUCCAAACCUGGAUAUCUACCAGUGGAGAUGAAGAUCAGACACUUAACAAGAACAACUUAAUACCUGAUGAGCGGACCAACUUCUACCCCUUGCAGCAAACCAACGUGUACACUACAACCUAUUAUCCAAGUACACUGAAUAAAUAUGACUACAGGCCUGAGGCCUCUCCUGGAAGGACCUUUACCAACAGCUGAUGGUGAACAGACUAUCCAAGGACUGGAUCACUUCCUGUAUGAAUUGUUUUUUAAACUGAGUAUAUGGACCAAAUAUUGGCCCGGUCUCCAGAUGUAAAUAUUGUACAAGUAGGGCCUCUUUUUUUUGUUAACUGUUUUACUUUUAAACAGCACAUCUCCUUACAUGGACAGAAUGCUUAUGGACCAGAGACCAUUAUGCAUAGAUUUUUGUGGAUAUUUGACUGGAGAAGACACUUGCUGCUGCAAAUAUUCAUGGCUGGAUGGUCAGUAUAUCUGUCUGAGACCUGAACUGCCAAGGAGCUGAUGCAUGCUGUGUUAGGUUUCCACCAUAUUACCUGCCAGCAUGUUCUAAGAAACAUUACAGAUAGCUCCGUAGAACAAAGGAUAAUACAGCGAGGCACUCCCUUGAUGUGACUAGGUAAUGAUGGUGCACUGAAUGACACUUAGUUCACAAGAUAAGCUGUAUGGGACUCCAUUAUGCUAGGAACUGGAUCAAAGUUUUACGUUUAUAGCAAGGUCUCUAGCUUCAUCAGAAGAUUCCUUCCCCAUUGCAGGAAAUGGCCUCCAUAAUCUUCUUUGGGAACAUCCAGUUCAACCAGGAAAAGAAAACACAGAAAGUUCUCUACCCAAAGAAGCAUUUCAGAAUAUUUCCAGUCUUAAUUAGAAUUAUACAGGCAAUGUGAGAUGGUAAGUGAAGUAAAUGUUGGAUUAACGGGAUGUGGACAUUGACUGCAUAACAAAGAUGUGCAUACCACUGGAAAAAAUGUGAGAAGUGCUGUAUGCGAGCCAUUAGCAUUCUUUCAAACAACAUUUACUUUUGUUCUCCAACCUUGAUUCUGUUCAUGUCUGCAAGGAAUGAUGACUGAUGGUCUGGCCCUCCUCUUGUGAAAUCACUAUACUUGGGGCUAAUUCUUAUUUUAUUAUUAAUUUUUAGUUCAGUUAUUUUUUGAAGAGUAAGAAAUUCUGAAUUUUUGGCACGGUAUUUUUCUAAGGAAUGUAUUCAUUGCAUACCAUGACACAGAAAGUCUGCUGCACAUUCUUAUUGUGUCUUCCAGUCCGUACUCCAUCCAAUUAUUAUACAGCUGAAUAAUGUGCAUUGUUUGCCAGUAUUUCUUUAGCUUUCUCAGCUAGAAACAAAUGAAAAAAAAUCUUGCUCCAGUUAUUAAAGUUGGACUGUAGGAUUAUUAAACAUUAUAUCCAGCCUUGAAAUGUAACUUUGUGUACGUGUGUGCCUGUGUGCAGCAGAAGGCAUGGUGUGUAUGUCUGAUGUUACUGUCUGGCCAAAAGAAAACCUAUCACCAGUGCUUAAUGGACAGUUCCAACAAAUUUAUUAGCAACGUGAGCGAGUUUGACACUGUUACUAUUGAAUGUUUCUAUUUAUAAUGAACUCCUGAUGCUAAGACUUUAGAAUGCCUCAAUACUGAGCAUGAGAUAAGAGUACAAACCUAAACACACCUGAGUUCCACAACUUGAAUUCUUUGUAUGUGUAUUAUUUUAGCAACUGCUGUGUCUAUUUUCAUUGACUGGGAUGUGUUCCAAGCAGUUUGGGUUAUAUUGGAUACAUAUGAUAGAUUUCACUGUAAGCCAGCACUUAUUAGUUUCUCAUUGCUAUCACUUUAUAGACACUUGUUUGUAAGGCUGCAGCUGCUCAUUGCACGCAUACCCAUACACAGAGGUGGUCAAUGGGAGCUGAGAAAAGACUUUGCUAUUCAUGGCUCAAAACGUACAGCUCUCUAAUGGAUGAGGCAGAGCAGAGGUGGACUUUGUAAUCUGAUUUUACAAUGUGGGAUCACUAACAGGAGAACAAAUUAGCCUUAUGCUUCUAAACUAUACCAGUGGUCUAUAGCUGUAAGGAGAUUGAUUAUAACAAUUUCAUCAAGGGUUUUAGAUUAACUCAAUGAUUCCUAAUCUUUUCUGGCAACUGUACCAAAUUAGCAGACUGAUUAAAGUUCUGCUUCCAGUUACACCAGUGUGGGAAAAACUUAAUUGAAGUAAAAUUACUCUAGAUCUGUACAGCAGUAUGACUGCAAACAGAUUUUGGCCCCAAGAGUCUGGCUACACUAAUUUCUUCCACCUCUCUGUCUGGAUGCCUUCUAACACACUAAAAUCCCAGUCUUGCAGUGUGAAUAGAAAGUAAGACGAUAGAGGUGCACUGGAUUCUACAGAUCAUCAAAGUGGCAGGCACUGGUCACAAAAGAACCAUUAAUUUUCAGGGGGCAUUAGAUACCCAAAGUUUAGCUUGUGCUAUGGAAAAUUCCAUGCUAAAGUCACAGGACUGGUACAGAACCCCCGUUUGAAAAUUGGUACACUAAACAUAUGUCAGCAGUUCUAAAGAAACUAUUGGUUCCCAAGAUCACUGUAGAUAUUAUAAACAGAAGUCAUUGCUAAGCUUUCAUUUCAGAUGGUUCCCUGUGUGGAGGAGUUAUGUUGUUGUUUACUUGGCAGGAUUUCAGCUGCAGUUCUUAAGAGUUGCAAGCAAGCGAGUUAAACCAUGCAGUUAUUUUAAUUUCAAUGUUCUCUUCUUUUGUAGUUCAACCAUUUCCAUUUUCAGCUUUAAAAAAAAGUUGAAAUUAUUUAGUCUUUCAACUGAGUGAGCAAGAUCAUUGCUUCAUUGUGUUCAAAAGGUGCCUACUUUGUAGUAUAGGUGAGCAGAGGGGUAGGGUACAUUUCCAGCAAGACACUUCAGAGUCAUUCUUAUUAGCCAUCUGAAUGGCUUCAUAGAAUUGACAAUCAUAGCGAGAAUCUGUGGCUUCCAUUCGAGCAGAAAGUAGAAGCAAGGGGGAGGUGAAACACUGCACUCUUAUUACUCAAUUAAUGUUUGCAUGAGAGUGCAGUUCUUUAAGGGCAAUGUUAAUGUGAUGUGAGGGUUGAAUUCCUUCUAAGCUCUCCAGUGCGGCUCAGGUUAAUGACACAAUAUACAGUGAUAUUCUUGGAUUUGUUUGUUUCUAUCAUGUAAAUUGGCAACAGAUCAUCAGAUCUGUAAUACCCAUAGGAGAUUGAAUUGCUCCUCCAGUCCGACAUUAAAUUGCUUAAAUUUUCCAUUCUUAAGGUCAUAUAAAAGUAUGCACAGUAUGCUGGAAAAACCCUUGAUGCUACAGCUUUUUAACACUGGUUUGGUGCUUUUAAAAAAACUUGUAGAGAGAAAAGUUUUAGCAAGAAAUUGAAUUAACCUUACAGCCUCAGUGCUCUGAAAAUAUUUUAGGAUAGGAUUCAGCUGUAUAGAAUGUUGAAUGCAGUAAGAAUAUUGCAUCUAAAUAGGCAUGGGGUGGUAUUUAACAAUGUUGGGUUUUUUUCCCCUUGCUCUAAUGGUUGCAUACAUGGAGUGAACCAUGCUUCACUGUAAAACUGCUGUUUCACUUCACUGGAUUGAAAUGCCAAGUAUAAACAUUCCAGCUCUUUACAACUUGCAGAUGCCUCCAGUAGAUGUCACAAGUAAAAUUCCUGGAGAAAGGAGGGCUGCUUGUUCUAAAGAUGCAUUUGUGAAUGUUUGUAAAUGUGAGCCACUCCCUCUUCUUAAACAUGUAAAAUGUAACAAAUACCAGAGAAGAUAUGUAUGGUGCAAUGACUGCGAUUCUUAAUGCCUUAUUUUAAGAAAAUGAAAUAGUAGUAAUAUGGAAAUCAAGGUAGAGAGAGACAAUAGAGUCCAUUAAAUGCCAGAUCUGGUAAAGGUGUUUUAGGACACCAUCAAUAAUUAAUCUGAUGAGAUGAAACCCAUGUGAAAAUGAAAUUGCUAUCCAUACAGAUCACUAUAUUCUUUGUACCAACUGUAAAUUUACAUUUUAUAUGUAUAAAAAAGUUUAUGUAAUGAAUCUAAUAGUGUGCAUAUCUAUCAGUAGAUAGAUAAGGUAUAUAUUUAUAAUAUAUACAUACUGUUUCCAUCCAUCCAAAUGCCUGCAGACAAAAUUUAGACUGAGAAAGGCAGUGCUGGUGUUCAAAUUCUACAGCAAGAGACUGAAAAUAAUGAUUAAGAAACCCAUGUUCUGUUCUUUAUAUUAUCAAAAUACAUUUAUAGCUAAAUACAGUUUUUAAAAAAGUUAAAAACACAAUUGAUUUUUGUAGUUAAAUGCCUGUUUUUCACAAAACAUUCUGGCUAAGAAUAAUUUCAUAGCCACUCAAACAAAUGACUAAUCAGCCUGAGGCAGCUGUGUGUAUCACUCUUAAAUGUAACUAAGUAGAGAAUAAUUGUGCAAGCAAUGUAGCAGGUUAGACUAAAGGAACGAACGGAAAGUAAAAAAGUAUUUGGAUCUGGAACAAGUUUUCAUUUGAAUGCAGAAGAAGUUUGCAAUUGUUUUCCAAGUAGUUGACUGGCAGCAUAAGAGCUGAAUAACCAUUUCCACAUUAGGCUCCUGUCAUACAAUUUAAGAGAGAUUUUCAAAUGGUUCUGACAGAGCAAUAGAGUAAAAGGUAGCUAAUGCCUUUAGGGACCUUUGUAAUGCACUACCCAGCCUUCCAGAUUACUGAUGUCCGAGAACCACAGUGGAACGGCUUGAAUAUAGGUUACAUUCCAGCCUCCACUGGAGUGGUCAAAACAGUGCAUUGAUUUCAAUGGGUGCAGCGUAAGUACUAGGCCCAUGAGCAAUGGUUUUGCAGGAUUUAGCCCUAGCUGAACAGUUUUGAGAGCUCGCAGCUAUGAAACAGGAGAAGUCUCAUUUAUGCAAGUCCCUCAUGUAAGUCUGUUAAGAGCAAACAUCAAACCAUUUGGAGGUCAGGUGUGGGUCAGCGAGACAUUGACCAAGUUGGAUAUUAUCCAUAGCACUGGAGCCUUCAUGAGGAAGGUUUGACAGAAUUUGGGAACGGGUGACAGGGAACAGACUACUUGCUGAUUCCCUGCUCUGUUUAAUUCCCUUGUGGAGAUCUGGCAUUGGCUCCAGUCAGAAAACAAGAUACUCGGCUAGACGAACCAUUGGUCAGAUCCAGUAGGGCCAUUCUUAUGUUCUUAAGGAAACUCAGAAAAACAAGGUCUCAUGGAGAAUCUGGCAUCUUAAUUCUCACUGCCAGAACAUUGUAAGGUAGAGCCUUUCUUGAAGUUUUAGUUGUAGUUCUGGUCCCAGCUGCAGAUGAUCUGCCACCAAUGCAAUCCGCAUUAUUUGUGUGCUUCUAGAGAACCUACACUCCCUCUUCUUGGCUGUAUAAAUAGUUUUAAAAUAAAGAUAAUGCUGAAUAUCUGUACCACUACUGAAACUUCAGUGGAAUGGGGAAUGCUGUGUAAUAUACAGGUCACAGCAUGAGGGAGAGGUCAGUGUAUAGUCCAUCAAUAACUGAAGCAAAGUGACUUUUAGUAGAAAUAUGGCAAAACCUUGGGAAAAAAGCCAGCCAGCUGCAUGAGCUUGUGGGUUCCAUCUACAUGCAACUAAUCUCCAGUAACAUCUGGGUAAGUGUGUAUUUUGAACAAAUUAGCUAUUUAAUCAAAAACAUCCUUUGUCACAUGGGGUAAGUUAGGAGGGAAAUUGGCAAGGACUUGUGCAUAGAUGAGGAGGGAGGGACAGAGGCAAUACUGGCUCUUUGAUACACAGGAAAUUGUUAGCAGAAAACAGUAUGUUUAUCCCAAAAAGGAAAAUCUGGCAAGUAUUAUUGGACUCUUAAUGUGAAGGCACAUCACCCUUCCUAUGCAAUUGAACAUGAUGGUACUAUUAGUGUAUAAAGGUGACCUAGACUGUAAUCACUGCCUUUGACACUGUGAAUUUUUUGGGUACUCUGUAUUUUUAUAUAUUGUACAAUGUAAAGUAUAAUUCAGAAAUAAAACAGAACCUCCUGAAAA